AUGUCCCACAUUGUGAAGUGGAACAGGACAAAGAUUUUGUCAGAUGAGCUGGGCUGUAGUAUUUAUGACAUAGCAAGUAUUGAGUUGAAUAUUUGUGAUACCCAACCUAGCUGCCUUGGAGGUGGAAACAAUGAAUUCAUAUAUUCUGGAAGACUAGACAACCUUGCUUCAAGUUAUUGCGCAUUGAGAGCUCUUGUUGAUUCAUGUAAAUCACCUGAAGAUUUAUCGAGUGAGCAUGCAAUUCGGAUGGUCGCACUUUUUGAUAACGAAGAGGUUGGUUCAGAUUCAUAUCAAGGAGCUGGUGCACCAACCAUGUUUCAGGCCAUGAGACGGAUAACUGGUUGCUUAGCUCAUCAUUAUGUAGGGGAGGGCGCUUUUGAGCGUGCAAUUCGUCAAUCCUUUCUUGGUAUGCCUUACGUGGAACCUUACAAUUUUCAAUGA